CCAUUCUUUCAGUCUGACUCUGAGUUAUCAGCUGACUGAGCACUUACCUGCGGACGGCAAAUGAAGCAAGCGGCACAGUCAAGUUGUUAUUGUUUGGACGUCAUUCAUUGGUGCAAUGCAAUAAUCGCAAAAUUUUGAGCAAUCCUCACAUACGACCGCAGAUCAGCAAUAAAUGGCUCAAUUUCGAAGCGUAUUAACUGGCGUUCUUAGACGACAAACGCAGUUGCUCGUAAGAGCCAUUCCAUUCUCAUCACAAUCUACCGGCAAAGGGCAUCUGAAGUUAAGCGAUACUUGUGUAAAGCGGUUGAAGGAAAUUUGCGAUGACAAAUCCUUUUUGCGUGUGACGAUUGAGGGUGGUGGAUGUUCCGGGUUUCAGUACAAGUUCGAUAUAGACGACAAAUUAGAGGCGGAUGAUGUGGUGUUUGGUGAGAAAGAUGCACGCGUUGUAAUUGAUCAGACUUCUAUCGAAUAUGUAAACGGAUCGACGAUUGAUUUCCACACCGAGCUAAUACGAUCUGGGUUUAGGAUUAUAAACAAUCCUAAGGCUGAGCAAGGCUGCUCAUGUGGGGCGUCAUUUGCCAUUAAGUUAGAUUGAAGGACUGUUUUCGGAUGUAAAUAUGUUACAUAAUAUCCCCUAGUCGAACAAUUACUAAUAUAUUUAUUGUUUCGAGGUGCA